CACAGUUGUAGUACACUGAACAGAAACUACAACACACCUUCUCUUUUUGAAGAAAAUAAACUAACCAUCCAGGGACUUAAUGUGACAGAAGUGGUCAUGUGAUGAGUUACCUUGCCUAAGACUGAAUAAUUGCCCUUGACCCCAACCCCAGCCUUAUACAAUGUCUCUCUCUCUUAUUUAUCGCUCUCCUUUUCUCUCUGUGUGAGAGUGAGUGCUGUUGUUAUUGAGCCCACUGACUGCCUCCGUAGCGCGGAUCACUCAGGCGCGGGCAGAGGCUGGACGGAGUUGACGGGAACGCGCAGUGCCAUAAAUUAACGGGAAAGAGAUCUCUGCUGUCAAACCGACCUCCGCCUCACUUCUGAUAGCUGCCCUCGGAGCUUUCUGUGGCUCCGACUGACUCCCCACAUUUCCAGCAUUCUCUUUCUUUUUCAUAGUCUCCCUGUUUUUCUCUCUCUCCCUCUUUCUCUCUCUCUCUCUCUCUCUCUCCCUUUCUCUCCAUACCAGUACAAACAGCUUUCUGUACGAUUUUAACGGACACCUCGUGGAACGUUUUUUUUUGUUGCGUUUACAAGCUGUGAUUAUUUUCUUCACCAAUUGACUGAUGACCAUUAUUAAUGUGUACUUUUUUCGGUGUCUGAUGACUUAUUGAUUUUUCGGGGUUAAAUAUUAUGCGGGCUCUGCCCUCGAGCUGCGCCCUGUGAGGGACCCCAUGAGUUCCGCUAAGUGUGACAAGACCCCACGGUGCGCUUGGACAUUUCGGAGUACUACUUGCUCGUGCGCGGCCUGCAACCAUGGAGCGGUCACGGGUCGGUCUGCUGUUCCUCGCACUCUGCCUUUUGCGUGUGUCAGCGGGAGAAAUCCCACGUGUCACUUCCUCUGGGAGCUGCAGAGGGCAGAGCUAGUAUGUCACUAUGAGCUGAAGAAACAAUCCAUGGAGCCUUCAGGCUGUGGUGGCCUAUGGGACAACAUUUCUUGUUGGGCCCCAGCAGCAGUAGGGGAGGUGGUGACUCUCUCCUGCCCCCCUGCUCUCACACACCUCUUCGGACGACAAGGCAACAUCAGUAGGAACUGUACCGAGGCUGGCUGGUCUGACGUCUACCCCAGCCUCAGCACUGUCUGCUGGUCCAGCGACAACAAACCCAACAUGCUGCUGUUCUACUCGGUGGUGAAGACUCUGUACACUUUGGGCCACAGUCUCUCCCUCAUCGCUCUCAUCACCUCUACACUCAUUCUCUGUCUGUUCAGGAGGCUCCACUGUACUAGGAACUACAUCCAUGUGAACCUGUUUGUGUCGUUCAUCUUGCGAGCUGUGGCCGUGCUGGUUAAAGACUCUGUAAUCUUCUCCCAUAAUGAAAACACUGACUGUAGCACGCAGCCCUCACUGGUGGGCUGUAAGGUCAGCUUGGUGAUGUUUAACUAUUUCAUCAUGGCUAACUUCUUCUGGCUGCUGGUGGAAGGCCUCUACCUACACACUCUGCUCCUCGUCACCUACGCAUACACACACCUCGCUGUCUACCUCACCAUCGGCUGGGGGUUACCCUCAGUAUUUAUUGUGGUCUGGGUCUUCUGUAGGAUCUAUCUGGAAGACACCGGGUGCUGGGAGAGGAAUGACAUCCCCACCCCUUGGAGGGUGAUCAACUGGCCCAUAAUGGCGUCUGUGAUAAUCAACUUUGUUCUUUUUAUCAGUAUCAUCCGUAUUCUAGUCCAGAAACUACGCUGCUCUGACGUGGGCGGGAACGACCAGUCACAAUACAGGCGUCUGGCUAAGUCCACCCUGCUGUUGAUCCCUCUCUUUGGAGUCAACUACAUGGUGUUUGUCUACCUGGUGGAGACAGAGAGCGACGGGAUGGAGGAGUACAAGAUUCUGUUUGACCUGGUACUGGGUUCCUUCCAGGGCCUGAUGGUAGCCAUCCUCUACUGCUUCCUCAAUACUGAGGUCCAGGGGGAGCUGAAGUUGAAGUGGAGGAGUGUGUCGUUGAAGCGCUACAUGUGGAGGGACUACCGUCUACACAGGGGGUCAAUCAGCCAUAACGGGACUGAUAACUCCACCCCCUUCCAGCGGAACUCCAGAGCCCAAUCCAUCCUGCAGACAGAGACCACCUCACUGUGACACAACAGUAGUUCCAGCUGUGUAACCCCAGACUUGCGUCUAACUCUUUCUUUGACCCCGAAAGUAGAUCUGGGUUCAAUCAACCAGUCAAUCAAACAAUACAAGUUGAGGUGAAACUGAAAAGAGGAACAUUUGUAACAGAGAUAGAGAUAUUUCAAGAUAUUUGCUUGUUUGAUAAACAGAUUAACUUUUACCACAGUG